ACAAAAGGAAAAUAUUGGGAACAAUGUCAAGCUACAGUAGUUUGCUCACCAGUCAGAUCUCAAUCUGACUUCACUAAAAUUUCAUUCUCUGCUUUUCUGUGUCUCGCUGCAUUUCCUGGUGAAUUACCCAACAAACCAAAUCUCAUUUUCUGCACAAUCUUCUUCGCAUUUCUGCAAACACAACAAUGGAUUCUUUAAGAAGACAAGCCAGCAAAUUCCGAGAUCAAGUUGCAAAGCAGCAACAGGCUGUCAUAAAGCACAUCAGUGGACCUGGUUAUGAAAGCUCUGAUGCAAUGGUUAUUGAUGAAGUGGAGUUGCAAAGGCAUCUACAACUAGACAAGCUGUACAAAUCUACUCGAUCAGGAAGGGAUUUCCAGAAAGAGAUUGUAAAAGCUGCUGAAGUGUUUGCCACUAUUGGCUAUAGAAAGAUUGAAGCAGGUACUAAGCUGUCUGAGGAGUGUUGCAAAUAUGGAGCUGAGAAUACUGAAGAUAACAUUUUGGCUAAGGCUGCAUCAAUUUACGGUGAUGCUCGUAAUCAUGUGGAGAAAGAGCAGGAAGAUUUGAAUAAAUUGCUACUAUCUCAGGUAUUGGAUCCCUUGAGGCAAAUGAGUGCUGGUGCUCCUCUUGAGGAUGCUCGUCAUCUUGCACAACGUUAUAGUCGUAUGAGACAGGAAGCAGAAACACAGGCAGCUGAGGUUAAUCGAAGGAGGGCACGUGUUAGGGAGGCUCCCACCCAUGAAAAUUCAGCAAAGUUACAAGCAGUAGAAGCUAAAAUGCAUGAGCUGAAAGCUAACAUGGCAGUUUUAGGCAAAGAAGCAUCUGGUGCUUUAUCUGCCGUUGAGUCACAGCAGCAAAGACUGACAUAUCAGAGGCUUGUGGCACUGGUGGAAGGGGAAAAAAAUUACCAUCUUAGAGUAGCAACCAUUCUGAACGAGGUUGAAGCUGAGAUGGUUUCAGAGAAGCAGCAAAAAGAAGCAGCUCCUCCUGUCCUCUCAAUAGAGAACAAUUCAGGGAAGAAAAUGUACAGCUUAGCUGAAGCAAUCCAUCCGUUCUACGCCGAAUCUGAGAAAGAGCUGAGUCUUGCAGUUGGCGACUACGUUGUUGUUCGCAAGGUAACUUCAUCUGGCUGGUCUGAAGGAGAAUGUAAAGGCAAGGCAGGUUGGUUUCCAACAGGUUAUGUAGAGAAUCGUCAGAGAAUUCCGGCAAGGAAUACGGCUGCUGAUGAUUACUAGACAUGAAUGGUCAUAUUUCCAUCCUUUCUGAUUGAGCCCUGCUCUUAUUUUUGAUAACUCCGAAUACAAAUCUACGAGACACUAAAUUAUCACGCUAGCUACUUCACCUUACGAGUGACGAGCUUUAGUUAUGUGCCCUGCAUUAAGCUGAAUGUUUGUAUUUGACCGUUUCAGUAGUGCGGAGUACAAUUUCUUUGCUUCACGCAUAUUAUGUUUGUUCUUUAUAUGUAUAGAACUCUGAGAUUGCAUUAUCUUGGCAAUGGAAUGUUAGUAUUGUUGAGAA